CGAGAUCAUUAACCACAAGCCAGUUCAGUCUGUGGAUUCUCGACCCAUCGUCGACAAUGACGGGAGACAAAGAGACCGAGCCGGCUCUGGUCGUCGGCUCGGAAGAUCAAGCUGCAUCUCCGCUUGUCGCGACCAAAGCAGACUCACCGACCGCUCCGCCCCCGGAGAGAGAACCGCUCCCGUCGUACACGGAUCAGGCAGCAACCUUAGCGACCUUCACUCCCCAUCGCCCGUUCCCGCAGGUCCUGAGCGCCUACAGCAGCUCCCUGAAGCCCAUCAAACUCUGCGGCAGCAGCGCAGACGACGUGCUUUUUGCAGUCGAAACACACACCGGCUACAGCGGCAAGACAGUUCUCGGGACCAAACCGGGGCUGCUCCUGCAUAACGGGACCAGCAAGCAAGACCCAAUCUUGGCCGCCGUGGGUGACACGUCACAGCUCGCCGCACGCGCAUAUGUGUUCAGCCCUGAGAGCAUCAUUCUCUUGCCCCCCGCGGCUGAUAUCCCGAGUGCUCCCAUGGCCACGGAGUAUAUGCAUGCUCGCACAAGCGGCGACGAUGUCCUGUUUUUCUUUGAGGUUGAGGUCGGUCUGGGGGAGAAGUUGCAUCGCAGACAGUUCAUUUGGAAGAAGGCAAAAAAGGGAGUAGACCCUGACGUGAAGCAAGGUGGGUUUAGACUUGAAUGGCGGCCGAGUGUGGCCGGAGAUGACCCUGGCAGCUUGGGCGUAUCUUCCUCGUCUCCCGUGGACGAUCAAUGGGAGACUGUCGCGUUGCUGGAGUGGGGACAUCUGCUGAGCCGGAAAAUGUUCACGGUUCAGUUUCUGGGCAGCGGGCUGUCAGGCAAGCUUGGAGAGCGCUGGAGACUCAUGGUAGUUAUGACGGCACUGAGACUGUUGUUGCUCAAGGUGAAGGGCAGGACUGCCAAGUCCCAUGUUGCUGCUGGGGAAAAACUCUACAAGAACUAAAUUGGUAGGUACCUGGCAAACUUGUCAGUCAGUAGAGGAGUGUACGUAGGUAGCAUUGUGAACCACGCCCAUCAUUGCAAC